UCGUGUGUGCAUGCAGCGGUGGCUGUUGGGAUACUAGUGUCUAAAAGCAGCCGUGGCUAUAACAGCCAACAUAAAUAUAUAAAGCUGUUUUUUACGGUUUAGUGUGGUGAGUUUUAUAGUGUCGUUGUUAUAUUGCCAGUAUAAAGUGAGUUUUCGAUCAUCUUGCUGCAGAUAACUGAAGAUGACCACAGCAGCAAGGCCAACAUUUGAGCCUGCCCGGGGAGGACGAGGUAAAGGAGAAGGUGAUCUGAGUGCUUUAUCCAAACAGUACUCAAGCAGAGAUCUGCCAGGACACACCAAGAUCAAAUACAGGCAGCCCACCCAGGAUGCUCCAGAGGAGGUGAGAGCUCGUGAUUUCAGACGUGAGCUGGAGGAAAGAGAGAGAACUGUUGUGAAGAGCAGAGACAGAGGAGCAAGAGAACACACCACCUCUUCAUCUUCAUCCUCCUCAAAGCGGCCACGUCUGGAUCAGAUUCCUGCUGCCAACCUCGAUGCCGAUGAUCCCCUUACUGAUGAGGAUGAAGACUCAGACUCAGGUUCUGACAGUGAUGAUGACACCGCUGCCCUGCUGGCUGAACUAGAGAAGAUCAAGAAAGAGAGAGCUGAGGAACAGGAGAGGAAGGAAAGGGAACAGAAGGCAGAGGAGGAGCGGAUACGUAUGGAGAACAUUCUGAGUGGAAAUCCACUGCUUAAUCUGGCAGGCCAGCAACCACCACCACAGAUCCAGAACACAUUCAGUGUAAAAAGAAGGUGGGACGAUGAUGUCGUGUUUAAGAACUGCGCUAAAGGGGUGGAUGAAUCCCGGAAAGAGAAACGCUUCAUUAACGACACACUGCGUUCUGAAUUCCACAAGAAAUUCAUGGAGAAAUAUGUUAAAUGAGGCGUUCUGUUAUAUGCUUCCAACUAUUUUUAUGUCUUCGUUCUAUGGUAAAUAUUGUUUUGUUUUUUUUCAUUUUAAAAUCUCCUUUUCUUAUGUGCUGUCAUUUAGUAUUUGCAGUGUAAUAGAAGUGUACUUUGAAUAAACAGUGAACAAAAUAAAGAAUAUAUUUGUGAAUGCA